AUGUCGUGGGCGUUUGUAACGGUUUCCACGAUUUUCACCACAUUGGCCAUUCUAUAUGGUCUUGUGAUUCUAUUUAGCCAUCAGCCUCGUUCAGCACAUCCUGAGGAGCUGUUGUACGCCACGAAUGACGAAGAAGGCAGUGUGCACCAUUUGCCCAACAGAAUUACCUCAAUGAAGGAGGCAACAGGAGAUGAGAAAUUUCUCUUGAGUGUGAUUGUGCCAUGCUAUAACGAGACUGCUCGUCUCGGCAAAAUGCUCGAAGAGGCUGUGCUGUACUUACAAGAAGAGCACCCUGACCAGUAUGAGAUCGUCAUUGUCGACGAUGGUUCCAAGGACGGUACCGCCGAAUACGCCUUGGAGGUUGCUAAUACGUUAAAACUUGCUCCGCAUGUAUUGAAGGUUGUCAAAUUGACCAAGAACAGAGGUAAGGGUGGUGCCGUUAGACACGGACUCUUGCAUGGUUCUGGAAAGUACAUGCUCUUUGCUGAUGCAGACGGUGCCACGAAGUUUAGCGAUGUUCAAAAGCUUCUUGCCUAUUUCGAUGGCAAGGACGAAAAGCCAGCUGUUGCUAUCGGACUGCGUGCUCACAUGGUCAACACAGAUGCUGUUGUCAAGCGGUCAUUCAUCCGCAACUUCUUGAUGUACGGCCUCCACACCUUGGUGUACAUCUUUGGCAUUCGUAAGAUCCAGGACACGCAAUGUGGUUUCAAAAUGUUCAACAGAGCCGCCGUGCAAGAGAUCUUCCCACACAUGCACACGGAGCGUUGGAUCUUUGACGUUGAGGUGCUCCUUCUAGCGGAGCUCCAGCAGAUCCCCAUCGCCGAGAUUGCCGUCAACUGGCAGGAGGUGGACGGGUCCAAGGUGGACUUGGCCAAGGAUUCGAUCCAAAUGGCCAUCGACCUCGUGGUGACAAGAAUGGCCUACUUGCUUGGAGUCUACGAGCUCGACGAGUGCGGACACCAAUGGGCCUGGGAACCGAAAGGGUUGAUCGCCGUGGUGGCGGCCAUCGUCUUGCUCAACUUGGUCUACCUAGUUGGCAUCGACACGCUGUUUCUUGGUUCGGGCGUGGGAAUAUGGAGGUUUGCAACCGACCUGGCCCAGUACUAUAUUGUGGAUGACGAGUUCGUGAAAGGCGAGCCGGCGCUACGGAAGGUCGCCAAGUUUCUGGAAGAGGCGCCUAUAAGCAAGGAGGAAUUGACCCGGGCGUUGACGGAUAAGCUCGACAAGGAGGGCGGAGAGUUCCUCAAGAAGAUCUACCAGGAUGUCUCAGACAAGUACCACGAGGAGUACAAGACGAUCCUCAAGGCGGAGAUGAAGAAGAAGAUGGAGAACGACUAUACGUACUUGUUCUUCCAGACGCUCCAGAAGAGCUACCAGUUGCUUGGAGAACUAAAGUCUCGGUACCUCGAGCUGCACGAGUCUGAUAUCCAGAAGGCGAUCAUUGCGGACUACUUGAAGGACACCACGGAUGAGAAGUUGAAGGAGAAGCUCAAGGAGGGUAACCAACUACAGUUUGACCGUCUGAAGUACUUCCAGUUCUUAUUCAACGACAUUCUCAUCAAGCACGGUCCCAGGACGUCAAAGCUCAGUGCCUCUGAAAAGGGCAAAGAUAUCGUGAGCAAUGCCUUCCACGAAAUCACCGAUCCCAUCUACUCCAAGCGUUUCUUGACAAGGCGGAAAGUCAACUUGGAUAAGCAGAAGUUUGAGGAUCUCCAAUCAGCCCACGAUAGCGUUGUCAGAGAGCUUCGGCUGAUCAUUAGACCUCCCGACGAUCUUUAUCACGGUGAUGGUAUUGCAAUCAGCGCAAACAAGCUCCAUCUUCCUGGAGCGUUAAUGUUGGCUGCUCAACUUAGGCAAGAGGGCUCCCAGCUUCCCAUAGAGAUAGUGCUUGACUCCGAGGCUGACUAUAAUAAGCAAGCAUGCGAGGAAUUGGCUCCAAAGCUAAAUGCAAAGUGCAUUGUGACACAGCGGAUUUUGGGAGACUCAUUGUUCGAGCUUCUUGGGAAAGAACCAUUCCAGCUUAAGGCCGUUUCCCUACUCCUCUCGUCUUUUGAUAACACUAUUGCAUUGGAUGCUGACAACUACGCGACGAAGAACAUCGACUUUCUUUUGACUUCAUGGCCAUAUUUACAGACCCGUUUCUUGCUAUGGCCUGAUAUCUGGCACAAGGGCACCUCGCCAGUGUACUAUGAUUUAGCUCGCUUCGACAUUGGCGAUGCCGUCAAACGACAGGGACUUGAUAACUCCAGACCCUUCCACGAGUAUACCACCAGAGACUACAACACGGAGAUCUACUUCCAUGAUUUGGAAGGCACUCCUCCUGGAAAGGGCGUGGAAAGUGGGCAAUUGGUCUUCUCCAAGAGGGAGCAUUUCAGGAGUUUGGCACUCGCUGCUUACUACAAUCUUCACAAGAAUUUCUAUUAUCCACUUCUCUACCAAGGCGUUCACGGUUCGGGCGACAGAGAAACGUUCGUUCCAGCCUUGCACGUCAUGAAAGAACCAUACUACCUUUGCGAGUAUGAGGUUCAGUUCAUGGGAUUGGACCGUACAAGGCCUACCGAACCCGAGGAAACAUACUUCGAUGAGAGUACGUUAAUCCAGAGGGAUCCACAGCAGUCAGACAUAUUUGCAAGAAGGUGGAGGCAAUUCCUCAGGGCAGAGCCGCUAGACACAAGACUCUACAUGUUCCAGCAAAAUGACUACACAAAGAAUCUUUUCAAGAAAUUUGCAGAAGCCAACAAAGAUCUCGAGACACCAGAAGCGCUAUUCCUUCAUGUUCACCUGCCAAAGAUGAACCCCCUUUACAACGAGCUCUCGACCAAAGCACAUUACGACUACGAAAGCCGAUACUUGAGGAAGAUCGGCGAGUACAACGAUAAGGUGGGUACUUUUGACCACGAGCUCCGAAUCCAUGCUCUUUCGAAGUGGAUAGUCUGUGAUGAGUUUACCGACGAAGACUUCUGGAACAGCUUCAAGGUGGACAGGAAGGCUCUCUGUCAGAAGAUUACAAACUAUGUGAAGACGUUAAAGAAGGAUACGAACGACGCUUCAGCAGCCGAGCUCAAGGAGCUUCAUGGAAAGAUCGAUAUCACGAAUUUGUGA